CAUUUCAGAAACAAGAGAGCCAUGGCCACAGAAAUCGGCUCCCCGCCCCGAUUCUUCCACAUGCCGAGAUUCCAGCACCAGGCGCCUCGGCAGCUCUUCUACAAAAGACCUGAUUUUGCACAGCAGCAAGCAAUGCAACAGCUUACUUUCGAUGGAAAACGUAUGAGAAAAGCUGUGAACCGAAAGACUAUUGAUUACAAUCCCUCUGUAAUUAAAUAUUUGGAGAAUAGAGUAUGGCAAAGAGACCAGAGAGAUAUGCGAGCAAUCCAGCCUGAUGCAGGAUAUUAUAAUGACUUGGUCCCCCCUAUAGGAAUGCUGAACAACCCCAUGAAUGCUGUAACAACAAAAUUUGUUCGGACUUCUACUAAUAAAGUAAAAUGCCCAGUAUUUGUUGUCAGGUGGACUCCUGAGGGGAGACGCUUGGUUACUGGUGCAUCUAGUGGAGAAUUCACUUUGUGGAAUGGACUGACUUUCAAUUUUGAAACAAUAUUACAGGCUCACGACAGCCCGGUAAGGGCUAUGACUUGGUCACACAAUGAUAUGUGGAUGCUGACAGCAGACCACGGGGGAUAUGUGAAAUACUGGCAGUCCAACAUGAACAACGUCAAGAUGUUCCAGGCACAUAAGGAGGCGAUUAGAGAGGCCAGUUUCUCACCCACGGAUAAUAAAUUUGCUACAUGCUCUGACGACGGCACUGUUAGAAUCUGGGACUUUCUACGUUGCCAUGAGGAGAGAAUUCUUCGAGGAAUGUCUUCAGGCUUAACAGCAGAACAAACCCUCAUUACCUACGGAAUAACAUCUGUGUGCAUACACACACAUGUGAAGUCACUGUAGUUCUGGUAAGCUGUACUGUUUUGUUUGCUCACAAGAUCUGAAAAAGCUAUCUCCACAAUUAUUAUGCUGAAAUAACUGAAGAUGGUUUUUCUUCUUUCUUUCCUUCGUUCUACUCUGUUUCUGGAUCUUCAUCAGCAAAUAAAAUCUCAUGUAAUGUCUGAUCGUUUAACUAACCUGUGCAGGCUGUACACCCUGAGCUUUCUGCCUGCAGGUGAGGGAUCUCUUCACAGUUCUUGCUGUCCACUACCUUCAGCAAAUAGAAAACUUUGUACUUAAAUUUAGAGAAUAUGUGUUAAAUAGUUUAAAAGGAACCUGGGAAGUGGAACUAGCCAGAACUCUCUUCAUUUUCAUCCUUUGAUUUUAAACACAUGCUGGUAGCUAUCUCUUAGCCUUUAAAGUAGCAUAGCCUCAAAAACUGUUACCUUUCUUGGCAUGUAAUUGAACUCUGUGUUGGAUCAUUUAAAAGAAAAGAAAUGUUGAAGCUGCCAUUUCACUAUAUUUUCCCUUUCUUUUGAGGCUUAUCUUGUUUUCCUUGUUUUUGUAGAGUUAGAAAACCCAACCAAUUCAAUAAAUGUAUGUAUGCUGAUACUGUCUUUCUUUUAAGCAGCUAUGGUGUUUAAACCUUUGAUUUUCAGUGGGAGUGUGCUGCUUCUUGCUGUCAGGAUUUCUGAUACAUCUGAUACGUCUUAGUUUGCUGAUGCAUCUCUGUAUGGCUGAACAUUAGAAGGAUUUUUCCUGAAAGCAAAAGCUCAAGAUGGAUAUCUGUGUGAUACUGGCACCAACCGUGUCGAUCUAAAGGAGGCAAAUCCUUCAAUUUUUGAACGGGAAAAAAACUUUAGUGUUUGAAAUGUCAAUAUUGAAUCAGUUAAAUAUUUUCUUUCCUGAUGGGUUUCAGUAUACUGCUUAUGUUGCGGGGCAUUGAUCUUUAUGGAUCUUCAUUGCCAUUGCCAAAGCAGUGCUUGGGAUGGGGUGAGGAGUAAGUUGCAGCAAAGCCUUUUGAGGUGCAGUUAACCCUCUGAACAGCUAUGCAUCAAACUUUUCACGUGUUUUAAGUGCAAACACUGCUAGGUAGAUUACUGGGAUGUUAAUAUUUAAUAUAUGAGGGAUAUUUUUUCACUCUUCUUAAGUAGUUUAGGUGACUUUUGCUCAAUCUAACACAUUAUGACACUCUCAGUGAGACAGGAGCCCUUUUGUUCUGUUGCAUGCAUCGUGCUAUUCCUGUUACUUCUUUUUUGGAGUAGCAUGAGUAGAAAGUUCUUGAUAUGUUCUGUUUUCUGUUGGCUUUCACUUUUUCAUCUUACUAGGAAAUCUUUCACUUGUCUUUGUGAGAGUUGAGUGAGGAAUGCUGUAUCACAGAAUCACAGAACAGCCAGGGUUGGAAGAGAUCUCAGGGAUCAUGAAUCUCCAACCCCUCCUGCCACAUGCAGGGCCACCAACCUCAAUUUCCAGCUUCAUCAAGCAAAGUAGAUUUUCCUACAGCUUCUCUCUUUUCACAGAUUUGAUACGUGUGUACAGAUAUUUUCAUAAGCUCGUAAGUUGUCUCAGUAGUUCUGUUACUUUCAGGAUACUGGAUACAAUUCUCUUAGAAGAUAGGAAGAAUCCAGCAUCUCCUGGCUUAACGUUGCUAUAAAAUAUUCAGAUGUCAUCUAACAACUCAACUUUCUUCCUGUAAGUGUCUUGCAAGGCUUUGGCAUCUUGGUUUUCUCUCUGUAGGAAGUUUUCUUAUAAUAUAAGAGGUAUUAUAGGUAGGUAUUGUUAAAAUACUGAAUUCUGCUUGUGUUCAAUGUAAAAAUCUGAGUAUCUUCCUCCUCUGUUGACUUCUGUCAGAUUUUCUUUUUGUGAAGUGUUCCACCUUGAGCAGAAACAAUUAUUUUUAUCAACUAUACUUGAGUUCCUAGGAUCCUAUGAUUAAAAGGUGAUUAUUAAAAAAAAAAUAAUAAUAAUAAUAUGGUGCUUAGGAGCAGCUUCAUGUUGUUUUUGCUCUGAUCUCUGAAACAGUGCUGGGGGAAAUGGAAACUGCUGAAGACUGCACUCAGAGCUGGCUGUCUCUUAUAUGCCUAAAAGUGUUUUGUCUUUAUUACAGUUCUGAGUUUUGUUAUGGCUUAGGUACAGUGUGCUAUAUCUUGGAGUUCUGAUUCUCACUUAGAAUCUUCUUUUUUUCCUUAAAUCAAAAAGUUCAUAACUCAUAACAUACAAGAUUUUCAACUUACAGAGAUCAUGAGAGAUGAGCUGCAGUGCUGUAUUUGUUUGUUUGCUUUUUUAAAGAGAGUUAUCAAAAACACUUCUGUCAACACUUCAAGUAAGACAAGAAUGAAGAGGCACUGUGCAGGAAUUAGAUUAUUUCAGUAUCAGUUUUGAAAUCUUUUUCUCCCUGAAAAAUAUCCUGAGUUUCCAAGCUGCAUGAUCUGUCAUAUUGACUCUGAGGGAAAUUUCGUGCUAAAAAAAGAGUAAUCAGUUUUGUUAUGCUUGGAAAGGUAAUACUGAAAGACCCGUGACUGGCUGUCAUAGGACAGCCAACUCUUAGUGCUGUUGAAACAGAAGAUACUUCUUCCAGAAGUUAUGUAAUUGCAUCACUUGGGUUUUUUGCAUCUGCGUCCUCCCACCUGCUGCCAGUAGCAGGUGGUGGAUGAAUACUGGAUUAGGUGAAACCUUCUGUGCAGCUUGUUAGUACAUAUACUGCAGCAAUGAGAACUUCACUGUGGUGUUGUGGUUACAUUCAGCAAUACUUGGUGUCCUUGACCUCAUCUACAACACGAACCAUUGAUCCAGGUGCAUGAGUUUUGUCCUAAAGCUCUUCUUACUGUUUUUGAGAUAGAAACAAUACUGUAAUCAGAUUUCAUUGAUGCUGAUGGAAAAACUCCCCAACUACACAAUUGCUUAAAUACUCAUGGUGAGAUAAAAAUCAAUUCUGCUAUCUUGGCACAAGGGCAGUAGUUGAAAUGAAUACAGACUGCGUGCGUUAAGGGUGGUGGCUUCCUUAUAUCUACUUGUGAAUAUUGGUCAGAUCAAAGAUUCCAGCAGAAGCAAAAUGGUAUGAGUUAGUCUCUUAUGCAAGUUUUUUUUAGUAACUCGUCUUCUCUGAUAUAUUCUUAAGCAGAUACAUGCUCAGAAUUAGGCUCUUAAUGUCUUAAAUGAAAUCUAGACAGUAGAUUUCAUUUUAUAU